AUGUGGUGUUACCAGAAGCCGGGGUUUGAAGCCCUCCUCCUCGCCGAGCUGCAGAGACAGCAACAGUGCAGCCAGUUCUGUGACACCCUGCUCAAGACAGAAGGUGUUUCAGUGCCGGCUCACAGCUGUGUCCUGUCCGCUCUCAGCCCCCACUUCUCCUCCACUCUGUCCUCCACGCCACAGCCCCCUGCAGGACAGAGCCGUCUCCUGGAGUUUCGGGCUCUAGGCGCCUGCACCCUGCUCCACAUGGUCCGACUGCUGUACUGUGGGGAGAUGGCAGGCGAGGGGGAGAAGGAGAAGCAGGAAGCUAUCUCUGCUGCGGCCAAGCUUGGCAUCCACGGGCUGGUGGAGGUCACAAAAAGACAACUUGAGAGAGGCAGUGUGAAAGGAGACGGGGGGCACACCGAGGCAGGGGUGCAGACGGAGCCGCUGAUGCCUGAGGAGGAUGAAGGGAGAGGGGGCAGGUGGAGGAGAGAGGUGAGGGAUGGGAGCACCUUUCUGUGGAAAGACACACUGCCAGAUGGUAGAAAAGACUCAUGGACUCAAACAGAGGAGCUGCAAGAGCAAUUGGUUCCCGCUUAUCAACCAGCAGCCCCCCUUGAGACCAUCAAUAUAGCCGAUUUUCAGAGUUUAGGACAGACCGCCUCCCAUUUUGUUCCCCCUCAAAUUCCCUACAUUCCCAUAUCCCUUGUCUACCCACCUAAUGAAAACCCAACACAACAACCAUCAUAUGCCCUCAUGGACUCCAUGCAGGAAUCCACCUCAGCAGCUGGGUUCACGUCUAUUUUGGUACCUCAGCACACCUUUGUCCCCCAGACUCUUCUUCCUUUUUCCAGCCAAGGGCCCCCCUGUGCUGCUGGGCUUCAGAGCUGGUGGUCCGCCCCCCAGGAGGCAGCCGGAGAAGCAGCAGCAGCUAACGAAUGGGAGGACCAGAAUCUGGUUCAGUUUGAUGGCAACAUCACAGGAUACAUUCAGCACUUCCUGAACCCGGACAAGGAGGAGGGCGUCGGCAGCGGGCGAGCAAGAAGGAGGCGGGGCGCAGGAGAGGGAGGUGCCAGGAGAGGGGGGGCAGGAGAGAGGAGAGCCAGGAGACCACGAGCAGGAACAGGAGGGAGGGGGAGAGGAGGGUUGACGCAGACGGUGGAUGUGCAGGAGGUGGGGGUGAGCAGGCUGCAGAAGCUCUUCCUGCAGAGGGUCUGGGGGGGGACGCCCAGGACGGGACAGGGCGGAGGGGCUGCAGGCAGGAAGCUGUUCCUGAAGCCCAGAGAGCUCCUGAAGUCAACGAAAAAAAGAGGCCCCGGAAAAGUGUGGGGGGUGGGAGACGUGCUGCCGUACAUAGGGGAGAGAGGAGGGAAAACGCAGCGUGGGAGGAAGAGUACAACGCAGCAGGUUAACCCGGACGGUCUUCCCGUUGGGCGGCCGAGGAGAAGGAGGCCCCCGCGUCUUCCCCCUCACGAGGAACAGCCCGAACCCAUUGAACGUCUGCUGGAGGAAGUGAUGAACGACCUCGAUAUUUUAAAAAACAACGGUGCUCCUCAGCCUCAGCCUCCUCCUCCAACCAGCAGCAGCGACGUGGCCUCCUGUGGAAAUACUGUGACACAAAACAAAUCAGGCUCCAAUGGGUCCCCACGGGUUGUUGUUGUAGCGAGAGGAGGGGGCAGCCCCAGCGUAGCAAACCCUGGGACCCCCGUUCAGCUGGGGCAGGGGGAGGGGGAGGUGAACGAGACGCUGUACACCUUACUCCAGUCCUUCGAGCACUACAUGGACAGCUGCUCCGCCUGUGAAGAGGCGGAGAUGGGCGCUCAGAGCCGCACCGAGGCCAGCCAGCUGCACACUGUCCCGAGAAGAAACAGAAGAAGAAGAAAGACCCAAACCCCCAAGAGCCCUAACACUGCUCAGAGAAAGAAUACACCUCAUCCUGCCAGGCAACAGAGUGACGAGGCUGAAACACCUCUGAGGCGUUCACUGUCUUCUGCUCGCAGUGCCGCUCCACCUGAACACACCGAGGGAUCAACGGCACCAGACAAAAAAAGAGAACGGAAAAGAAUAAAGCCGUAUAUGCUCUCAUUGGACAGAAAGAGGGUGAGGGUGAGGAAGCCGGUGUCAUCCAGUGGAACAAAAACCACACCGAUGUUGGACCAGAGAGACGUGAAGCUGCUUCAUACGCCUGUGUUGAAACCGGAGAGGAGCGGCCGGCUGUCGGACAAAGUGAUGGAGCGCAGCUGCAAGGAAGUCAAGAAAUCUGCAAAAACAACGAGCAGUUUAUCAUCGGUGACACAGCCACGGGACAGCGUCCAGGAAGCAGCUCCGCCGAUUUCAUGGAGCACAAAGAAUUACCCAAUCAGGAGCCGCUUAAGAAAGGCAAAUAUCAUGGACCGUGCAACCUUUCUUGUGGAGCCACUUCAAACUAAGCGACCCUCAUCAGCAGGCCCCGGAAGAGACAGUUUAUCUAAUGAGAGUUCAUCACUACCUGUUGAGCCACAGCCUAUGGAGCCCUGUGUAAUGGGUGAACAACUAGAGAGAAAUCCAGAGACACGUGAAGAAGAAUUAACAGUCCAGCCUCUGGAAGAGGUAGAGGAAGAAACAAGGAGGGGAGAGAAGAGACACACAGAGCCAGAGGAGACGGGUGAGGAAUCCUCUGUGCCUAAGAGGGUCUGCUUUGAGCAGACAGCACAGCCGACCUCUGAAACAUGCGCACUGAGCUCUAAAUCUGCAGACUGUGUCUCCGAACCAGCACCCAGAGAGAGGAGGGACAUAGUCUCUGUAGAGACUGUUCCCAUUGCAGGAGAGUGCUUACCAAUCGACAUCAGAGAAACUGACUGUGAGAUGGAGAGCAGCGGGGAGGAGAUGAUUGCUGUGGACGGAGAACCUGAAGACUCGGACACUUCACCUCAGACUCUGUCACAUUGUGUUGAAGCAAAGCUUUCACUUUCACCCACUUCACUUUCAGCAACAGAGUUCAGUCUGACGUCGACAGGAAGCUGGGAGGAUGACAAAGACGAGGACGUUGAUGUGAUUGGCGGUUCCAGUCCUGCCCCUGAUCCCGUGCUCUUCAGCUGGACAGAGUGCUCAGAGGUUGAGGAAGAGGAAGGAGACGAGGAUAUUGACGUUGUGGGAGACAAUCCAAUCUACACUUUAUCAUCGCUCCUUGCUACUGUGAGGUGAGCUAGUUAACAAGGAUCGUCACACUCGGGUGCUUCACAAGCAUCUGUCAGGUGUUUUUCUACUUGUCUUCUCCAGUUCAUGUUAUUUGAUUUCAUGGAAAAACAUUCCUGAAUUGUUUUCAUUUAGCUUAAGAGUUGAAGAUCAAUAAGGUCUGAUUAUAAAUGUCUGACAAUCACGUGAGAGAUUUGUGAGCGACUUGUUGACUAUCUGUUUGUAUUUAAAGACAAAAAAGCAAACAUGUGCAUCAUAACGCAUGAAGCAACAAAAAAGAGGACUGUGAAGUUCAUAUGCACUUAUUCAGUUCCUGAGUUGAGUUAACCAUUGUCAAAAAGUGACUUUUUUUAUUCUUUCGAGGUAUUAAGCAGUUGAUUUUAUGUAAAAAAAAUGUUAUUGCUGUUAAGUUCAGUAAUUGUAUGUUUACUAAGCAGAAAUAUUCAUCAAAGUUUGUUUUAACUGCAGAAAGUGAGAAAAACUGCGAUAUAGAAACAGUUUAGAAAGAGAUGCAUUGCAAAAACAAUCAAAAAGUGUGUUUUAGGCGAGUGUUUUAUUACUUAUAAUUAUGACUAUUACUGUUUUAGUUGUAAAAAUGUUGACAAUAUUAGCCUUUGUUAGUUGGAAAUGUUCCAGGAAACUUCUGUCUUCCUUGUUUUACUGUUAAGUUAUGUUUGGUAAUGUUCCUUGUGGCGCUUUUGAGUCUGGACUGAUUUCUACAAUAAAUGUUCCU